AGGUUAAAGUAGAGGCCUCCUGCUUACAGCCUGCUGUGAGAGUGAAACUGUCUUUCUCAUACAGACAUGAUAACACCAAAUACAGAGUUGAGAUCAUUCCAGGAUCUCCUUCUGUCUACCGGCUGAUACCAGAACAAGGCAGCAUAGGAUCUAUAAGAAGACUGACUCUCGGUAAAAAGACAAACAAAACCAUCUUGCUUGUUGGUGAAACAGGCUCAGGAAAAUCAACUCUGAUCAACGCUCUGGUUAACUACGCCCUGGGAGUGAAGUUCGAGGACGAUGUAUUUUUUCAGAUCGUACAGGAAGAAAGGAAAAGUCAAGAAGAAACUCAGACUUCAGAUGUGAUCGUUUACGAGGUCUUUGGUCUUGAAGGUAAAACUCUGCCCUUCUCUCUGACCAUAAUCAAUACCCCCGGGUUUGGACAUACCAGAGGGACUGAGAGAGAUGUCCUCGUCAGAGAAAGAUUGUUGGACUUGUUCCGCUCAACAGAUGGAGUUCAUGAGAUCGAUGCAGUGUGUCUGGUUCUGAAAGCGAGUGAGAAUCGACUGAGUGACCGACUGAUGUACGUCUUUGAUUCAGUGGUGUCUCUGUUUGGAAAAGACAUAGAGGAGAACAUCGUUGCCCUCAUCACACAUUCAGAUUUUUUGACACCUAAAAAUGUUCUGCAAGCUCUGAAAGAUGCGAAAAUCAGGUGUGCAAAAGACAAGGAGGGUCAGCCUGUUCAUUUCAUGUUUAAUAACAUCCAGAAAACAGAGAAAAAUGAAGAGGAUGAGGAUCAAAUUAAGCAUGUAUGGAACUCAACAAUGAAGUAUAUCAGUCAAUUUGCAGUUUUCCUUGAACAUACUGAACCUCAGAACCUAAAAACAACCGUUGAAGUUGCAUCCACAACCUGCAGGAGAGGAUUGAGUUCAUUGAACUGAAACAGAGAGAGAUCAAACAGACUCAGGAAGGUCUGAAGAAACAUGAACAAGACAUGAAGAAUAUCAAAGACUUCACAAUA